AUGCCACACAAGGUCAACAACGAUUCAAAUUCCACUCUUGCCUCCGGAGGCAGCAGUGGUGACCAGGUCAUUGCAACUACAGUCCGAGCCCGACUAAUGCAGACGCGUCCAGUAACCGCCAAUCCCGUUCGGAAACCCCCGGUCAUCGUCCACAAUAAAGGCGGCCAGAUCUACGACGAAACACGCCCGUCCGACUGGGACAAACAACGCUGGAAAUAG